CUUGGGAACUUCUGGAAAGUCAGUCUGCGCCGUGGAUUGUGAUGUUUCUGAAGGAAGUGACGGUAUGAAUGAAGGGGGGGGAAAAACAGUAUCCUAAGGAGAAAAACAGAAUCCGAGUAUUAAAGGCACAGAGCGAGCCACGGAGACGGAGAGCGUUUGCAAAGCUGCUGGUGAAUAGCAUCGGUUUGCCGGAGAACACACACGAAACAGCAUUGCUCAGCUUGUCUCAGACCGCAAUCUCGGACACAAAGAAGAGACACUUUUUUUUUCUUCUACUUUGUUGUAUCUGGAACUGUAGCAUUGUUAGCCAAAAAAAAAACAUGAUACUUUUCUCGCAUUGCAAGACAAGAAUGGAAGGUUUGAAAGCAACCGGCAGUUCCUGUUAUCAGCGGUUGUAAACUUUAUUUGCGUUUUUAUUUUAUUUAACAAACGCAAUUCUGCUUUGUUUUGAAGAAGUUUUGGAAAAGUUAAGGAUCGCGCUUUUGCGCCCCUGUGUUUUCCCGUCCUCGGUUCGGUUCUGCGGUUUGUUCCGGUUGUUUUUUUUUUGUUUGUUUGUUUUUUUUGUGGUUGGGAUGUUUGCGGUGUGGAUCUUGCCUGGUUCAGAACGGAUUUCCCGGGUUCUAGCGGCGCUCGUCCUCCUGUUUCUUGCUGGGCAGUGCUCGGAGUUAAAGGUGCGGGUCCGAUUGUCAGAUGGGCAAGUCACAGAGGAAAGUUUAGAAGCGGACAGCGAGAGAGACUCCAUAAGUUUGGAGUUUAAACAAGGGGAUGGUACCCUUAUCACGUUCAUCGCAGAUAUCAAACAGGGUGUGAAGGUGUUCCGCUCGCUGAUCCUGGGCGAGCUGGAGAGGGGGCAGAGCCAGUACCAGGCGCUGUGCUUCAUCACCAGGCUCGACCACAGCGAGAUCAUCCCCAGCGAGUCCAUGGCCAAGCUGAGACAGAAAAACCCGCGUGCGAUCCGGACUGCGGAGGAGCAGAGGGGGGUGGAGCAGCUGACGAUGAACGUGGCGGUGAACUUCAGCAAGGCAUCGCAGCUCAGCGGACACAUCCACAACGUCUGUGCGGAGGCACAGGAGGCCGUCUACACACGAGAGGCUGACGUCAAGUACUGGCUGGAGAGAGGUGUGGACGGCUCCAUGUUCGAGAUCCUUCCCCAGGCUGUCGACUUCCCUGAGCUGCAGGGCUGCCAGUCCAGCACAGACCUGUGGAGGCCCUGCACCUGCAGCUACAGCCUGAAGCUUGAGUGGUACCCCUGCCUGCUGAAGUACUGCCGCAGCCGGGACGCCACCGGUAAGAUGACCCCCUACAAGUGUGGCAUCAAGAGCUGCCGUAAAGGAUACCAGUUUGACUAUUACGUGCCGCAGAAACUGCUCUGCCUUUGGGACGAGGAGACCUAGCUUCCACCCUCGUCAUGAAGCACUGUGGAUUCUUUUGUUCUCAUUAAAUUAUUAAGUGUAUUUUUAUUUAUAUAUAUAUAUACACAUUGGAGCUGUGAUGUUGAAAUCCAAGUAGUUGUGCAGCAGCCAGUCUUAACCAGCUGCAGGAGUCUGCAUUGGCGUGUACCUCCCCAAGUUGCUUCGCUCAGUGCACAACCUCAGUGCUGGAGCAGCCGUAUUCACUGAUCCCUAACGCUCUGAGGUCCUGCACACCUUGGUCCAGUUUGCUGGCUUUGUUCACAUUGACUGCACUUGUAAUGUAAUAUACCUGCCUGGAUACCUGCGCGGAGUUGGAGAGGAGUCCACAAGCCCUGGAGGUUUCUCCUCGGAUCCUGUACAAUACAGAGGCUGUCUGCUCUUGACAUUGAAGGGCAGUGGUGGAGUGCUUUGGACUGUGCAGGUUUGUGCAGUCUGACCACAUCGCAAAUGGAAACUCAGGACAGACUCUUGCAUAGUUACAGUUGCUUUAAAGGACCUCUAACAUGCAGGUUAUUGUCAGUUGCAGACUAACAUGUUACACAGAAGGUAGGAUGGGUGAGCAUCUUUUUACAGCCUUACGUCAAAAACUAAUUUGAACCCCACGGCCAGUAACGCUAACACCGCGCUCUAAUUGAGAUAUUCGGGGGAUCACAAAAGAUCCGGCUGGAGGAUUAAGUUCUCCACAGUACCAGUGAUCCGAGGUUUAACCAGUCUGUCUACGUGUCGGAUACAGUGGCCAGCUUACGCUGUGUGUUCGUUUCGAUGACUCACUUUACUGGGGUGCAGUCAUGCGCGGCAGUCCUGUCUACUACCAAGUCCAGCAGUGACAGCGGGAAGGCAAAUUAUUAUUUUUGGUACAUGAAACAUUUCAGGAAUACCUGAAUCCUCCAAACGUCCGCACACAUCGUGCAGGCUCUGUGAUGAAGUCAGCGCUCGUUUGUUUUAUGACGACACCACAAGUGAAGUGAAGCAAACCACUUCAAAGAACCGUGGCAGGUGCACCAGUGGAAGAGGUGCUGCUGGCCAGGCUGGAGAACCCCCUGGCUGCUUUCUUCCUUGUACGUGGGGUGGUUUGCAAGAGAAGAAUACAAGACAAAAUGUUUCUGCUUCUGUAAUGUCAGUUUUUAAUAUGCUGUAUAUAUAUAUAUUAAUAACUACAAAAGCCAAAAAGCAGUCUUCUCUGUAUAAAACACUAAAAAAGCUGCCAUUUUAUGUUUUGAAGUGCCUUAACUUGAGCUGUAAAGCCUUGAUUACUACAUUGAGUCACAGACAGAAUUAUUUUUGUAUUAAAAUGUUGUGUUGCGGGGAGGGGGAGUUUAUUUCAGAAAAAAAAAUGAAGUAAUUUGUAAAA